UAAAUACUACUCCAUUCACAUGAAUACCAAAGCUUAAAAUCUAGACAAAGUAGUUUAGUUAUGGAAGAAGCUCUUCUGCUGCCAGAAAAGAGGGAAAUUUUGAGUACAACAAUAUGGGAUUCCUUCUUGGAAGCAUUGAAGAAGGUGAGUUACAUAGCCAUGCCAAUGGUAGUGGUCACUCUUUCACAACAUUUAGUGAGAGUUUUGUCAAUGAUGAUGAUUGGCCAUUUGGGUGAGCUUUCACUCUCUGGGGCUUCUAUUGCUACCUCUCUCACCAAUGUUACUGGCUAUAGUCUCAUUUUAGGAAUGGCUAGUGGCUUAGAAACACUAUGUGGGCAAGCAUAUGGAGCUAAACAAUACAAGAAAUUAGGCAUCUACACUACUGGAGCUAUCAUAUCUCUUCUUUUAGUUUGCAUACCAAUAUCUAUACUAUGGUUAUAUGUGGAUAAACUUCUUAUUUUCAUGCAUCAAGAUCCUUUGAUUUCCAUAGAAGCAGGAAAAUAUUCAAUCUGGCUAUUAGUUUCCCUCUUCCCUUUCGCGAUUUUGCAAGCGAUCACACGUUACUUACAGACUCAGAGUUUGAUUCUCCCUAUGGUUCUUAGCUCUGUUGCAACACUCUGUUUUCAUGUGCCAAUUUGUUGGUUAUUUGUGUUCAAGUUUGAUUUUGGAAGUGGUGGAGCUGCAUUUGCAAUUGGUUUGUCAUAUUGGUUCAAUUUGUUACUUCUUGGAUUGUAUGUGAGGUACUCUAAAUCAUGUGAAAAUACUAGAAUCUAUUUCUCAAAAGAAGAAGUUUUUGCUAGCAUAAGAGAAUUCUUCCCUUUGGCUAUUCCUUCUGCCUGCAUGAUUUGUCUUGAAUGGUGGACAUUUGAGAUAGUGAUACUGCUAGCUGGUGUCUUGCCAAAUCCUCAACUUGAGACUUCUGUGCUUUCCAUAUGCCUGUCUAUUGCUUCCACUCAUUACUUCUUACCAUUUUCCCUUGGUGCUGGAGCAAGCACUAGAGUGUCUAAUGAACUUGGAGCAGGGAAUGAUGAAGCAGCUAAAAUGGCAGUUAGGGCAGCACUUACAAUUUCAAUGGCAGAUGCAGUCAUUUCUAGCACUAUAUUUUUCCUUUGCCAUCAUGUCGUUGGAUAUGCAUUCAGUAAUGAGAAAGAAGUUGUGGAUUAUAUCAGUAAUAUGACUCCUUUUCUUUGCAUCUUGAUAGUAUCUGACUGCAUCCAAGCUGUGCUUUCUGGAGUUGCAAGAGGAAGUGGAUGGCAACAUUUGGGAGCAUAUGUAAAUCUUGGGUCAUUUUAUUUGGCUGGAAUUCCAGUAGCCAUAAUAUUUGGCUUCCUAUUUCAUUUACAUGGGAAGGGCCUUUGGAUUGGGCUCAAUGUGGGAAAUUUACUCCAAUCUCUUUUGCUUUCCCUCAUAACAAGUUUCACAAAUUGGAAAAAACAGGCAUCAAUAGCUAGGGAAAGAUUCUUUUAUUGAAGAAAAGUACUGAAAAAUGAGACAGCUAAGGGCAAAGGAAAACAAAUUGGUUAUUUUGACACAAUACCACUCCAUUGUGUUUUUUUAUUAUAGCAAAUAUGGUAUUUGUAGCAAAAAGUUGACUAAUUAUUAUUGUUCAAUUUCAAGAGGCUAAAAUGUGAAUGAUCAGAGUUGAAAAACUUUAUUAUAUAUGUUGCUCAUGGAACUCCGACAUUAGUUAUGUGAUACUUCUUUUUGUUUCAUCGGACUUGAAAUUAAAUUGCAAGAUUUUGGUCCAUCAAUUUGUGGGACA